AUGUCAUCGCAAUCGCCUGAACAAUCUCCCACAACGGCAUCGCCAGUGAAUAUAACUGAGAGACAAUUAAGUGCUGUCAAAGUUGUCAAAUAUUUAUUCAUCAGUUCUCUAAUUAUUUUGAUCAUCGGAUCCAUUGUAUUGUUUGGUCUCUCCAUCGACUCCAUAGCAAACAUAUCCACAAAUAUUGAUACCAUUGAACGCUACGGUGUGACUGAACUGGCGCUCAAACGUACCGAAAGACUGCAACAACAGAGUAGGCUUAGAAAUAGUAACAUAUAA